CUCUACUGGUCGACCGGUCGGUCCAGGGGACCCACUGCUGGUAGUGGUCCUACAUACUCGUCGUACUGGGGGCAGGAGUUUUACCGUUGCAAUACCUUCCCAUGUUUAGACAUCGCUUGCGAGCUGCCACGUGGCUACAUUGCGCACGUGGAUGACGGAGUCGUUGGGCGGAUGAUGUGGAGCGGGGAAUGGUAGUCUGGGUGGCGGGCUGCUACCAGCGGUCGUCUGUCUCAAUGGGCAAGACAAGGCCGAGUGCCAGUCACACUGUGCACCGCCGUCUGAAGGGCUGACCAGCGUCUCACAAGCGCCACGCGAGCACAGGCGACGUGAACGGAAGAGGAGAGGUGAGGCGGGAGGAGGCGGAAAACCGGCGGGAGUACGUUUGUCAACGUGCAAGUCGAAACGAGCAGGUGAUCUGGGAUCUUGGCGCCUGUGAGCCGAUCUCUCAUCAAUCAUGCAGCGCGUGCAUCUUCCGUGCACAGCGGCGGCGCAUGUUCGGGCGCCGAUCCCGAUCGCGACUCCGACUUCAGCGGCAUCUGCUGCGGCAGGACCCGGCGGCUCCGGGCGCGACUGCGCGCCUGAUGACUUGCGCUCGAGCGUCGGCGGGCUGGCGCAGGCGACCGCGAGAGUGAGGGGGUGGUCGGAUUGGAGCGGGCAGGGGGAGGAGGGCAGGACGCUGAGGUUGACGUUGGCCAAUGAGAGAAGUGGAAGGCGCGCUCGCGCAUGCCGGGUGAUUUCUCCGCAGGUGCCCGAUGAGGAUGAGAGGAGUCCUGCAGGAGGAGUCGGGGGAGGAGUGGGGGGAGGGGGAGAAUGGGGCAAGGGGAGAAGAGAACAAGGAACACGUGCCAGUGCCUCGACGGAGCUCGGCGGGAUUGACGACAAAUCUAGGCGCGAGAUGAUGCUGGUUCUCGCCGGCCUCUGUCUGGGCUCGACGGCGAGCCACGUGGCGGGCUCCGGCUACACCGCUGAGGCGGGUAUCUUGUCGGGCUCGGCGGGGCUGCAGUCCGUGGAUCCUCCCUCCAUUGACGUGCUAUCUGAUGCCGUUGAUUCGGUCAGAAAAGUUCAGGAAAGAAAUAGGCGGGAACAGGAAGACCUUGAUGAGCAAGUCAAGUCGUCUUCGCUGGUCAAAGAGCUCUUGAAGAGGACGGAGGAGAACCGGGAGAAGCAUCGAAGGGAGAUAGAGAACAAGUAUUGCGCACGUGGCGCGGAAUGGGGAGUGGGAGACUGCGCAAUCAAAGGCAGGGCGGCGUCGAGGGAAGAGGCGAAAGAGGAGAGAGAGGCCGUGCUGAAUGCAUUGAAGAGGGAAGGGGUCGACAUAGAGUGAGAGUCCGUGUGAUGUUGUGACGACAACAAUAUAUAUUUCUAUAUAUCUAUAUAUAUCUAUAUAUAGAUAUAUAUAUCUAUAUAUAUACACACACAUAUACACGCCAUCCCAUGGGUACCAUGACGAAUGCUGGAUGCGCAGUUGCGGCUGUGUCAUGUUUGCGUGUCUGACACUCACACGCAAGGGGAGAGAGAGAGAGAGAGAGAGAGAGAGAGAGAGAGAGAGAGAGAGAGAGAGAGNGAGAGAGAGAGAGAGAGAGAGAGAGAGAGAGAGAGAGAGAGAGAGAGAGAGUGAGAGAGAGAGAGAGAGAGAGAGAGAGAGAGAGGACGGGAACGAAGGUUUUUUCUUGACGAAGAUAGAGGUCGGAUGAUCGGAAAGAGUCGGAGAUCCCGUGGAUGGUUGGUCGGUGAUGAGCUUCUCCUGUUAACAAAUGUAGCAACGACGG